CGUCAUUAUUUGUAACCAUAGAGCAUGAAUUACCUCUUGAGGUCAUCAGUGAGAAUUUACGACUGGUCAACAAAAGCACGUGAUUACCAAACGCCCCCCCACCCCCCAUAUUUGGCCGCAUACAUAGCAAAAACGAAGUACAGUGCAUUGCUAUAAUUCAUUAAUACAUCAUAAAUCGUCAAGCACCGGGUUAUAACGACCACGAGCCACAAAUCAAGCCCUCCAAAAUAACCCAAAUGAGCUCUUACUUUGUAAACUCGUUCUCAGGGCGCUAUCCAAAUGGCCCCGACUAUCAGUUGCUAAAUUAUGGGACCAGCAGUUCUAUGAACGGUUCGUACAGAGAUUCAAGCACCAUGCAUUCCAGCUCUUAUGGCUACAACUACAAUGGGAUGGACCUUAGCAUCAACCGCUCAACCUCCUCUAGCCACUUUGGGGCGGUGGGAGAAAGCUCCCGCGGCUUCCCUUCGCCCGCUCAGGAGAGCAGGUUUAGGCAAGCGUCUAGCUGCUCCUUGUCCUCUCCCGAGUCCCUUCCCUGCUCCAACAGCGACAACCAUGGAGGCAAACCCGCCCCGUCCCCCUCCGACCAGGCUACUUCUGCCAGCACCAACACAAAUUUCACAGAAAUAGACGAGACCAGCGCGUCUUCGGGAACCGAAGAAGGCACCCAAAUAAACAGCAGCAAUAUUUCCAGGGCACAGGCAGAGCCCGUCGCUACAUCCACAGCAGCAACAGAAGGGCAGACACCACAGAUAUUCCCUUGGAUGAGGAAGCUUCACAUUAGCCAUGACAUGACUGGACCAGACGGUAAAAGGGCAAGAACCGCCUAUACUCGCUACCAGACCCUAGAAUUGGAAAAGGAAUUUCACUUCAAUAGAUAUCUCACCCGCAGGAGGAGAAUAGAAAUCGCCCAUGCUCUGUGCCUCUCCGAAAGGCAAAUUAAAAUCUGGUUCCAAAACAGAAGAAUGAAAUGGAAGAAAGAUAAUAAACUGAAAAGCAUGAGUGUAGCCUCCGCGGGCAGCGCCUUCCAGCCAUAAAUUAUAGAAAAAGGAAUAUCAAAGAAAGAAAGAAGAGAAGAAAGGGGGGGAGGGAGAGAAGCAGCACCAUAUCUUAGUUUCAGAGUACUGUACAGUAAGGCACCUUUUUUCGGCAUGUUGUUGAUAUUUUAAAACAACUCCUAUGGUACUGUUAUCCCAGGACUGCGCUCCUGUUGUGUUUUUUAUUUUUGUUUUAAUUUUAUUUUUUAAUUAUUAUUAUUAAUUUUUUUUUAAAUUUCCAGAUGCUCCUCCACGCUCUUGAUGUUCUUAUAAAUGUUUGUGCCAGUGCUAUCUUGAGGCUUUCUGGAAAGCUAGCAUGUUUUAUGUGAGCCCUUUAAAUGUUAUAACUUAUUUAUAAAUUGAUAACAGAUACGGUGGUUUGUUUGG